UCCAUACAAAAGAAAAAACCAACUUGGAAUGUCCAUCAUCAUCUGCUUUCAGAGCUUCAAUUAUGGACUUUAGUGAAUUUGCCAUGUGAAAACCAUUCACCCUCUGUUUCCCUAAUUUCAUACUCUUCUCUUAAUUAUUCUAACAUAUACACAUAUCUCAUUUUCUCUCUCUUCAACUCCACCAAUCCACAGCUUUCUCUCUCCUAAAAAACAACCAAUACCCACUUCAGCUGAGCUCAAACUAGUAUGAUUUCAUCCCCAAAAUCUCUGCUUUAAUGGCUUUCAUCUUCAAUUUUUUCUGGGUUUUUCUCAUCUUAUUACAAAACCCAUAUCUUUCUAAAAGCCAAGAUCUUUUCUUUAAUGGAUUCAACCAUGGUGGUACUAACUUAACCCUAAAUGGAAUUGCCAUGAUUCUCAACAAUGGCAUCCUUAAGUUAACUAAUGAUACAUCUAGACUUCUGGGUCAUGCUUUUUAUCCUCCUCCAGUAAGGGUAAAAACCUCAAAAAAUGGAACUUGUGUUUCAUUUUCCACCAUUUUUGCUUUUGCAUUAGUGCCACAAUUUCAAACACUUGGUGGGCAUGGAUUUGCCUUCACUUUUGCACCCAGUAAAGAACUUCCUGGUGCUCUUCCUAGCCAAUAUCUUGGCCUUCUUAAUUCAUCUGAUAAUGGGAAUCUCACUAAUCAUAUUUUUGCUGUUGAAUUUGAUGAAGUUCAAGAUUUUGCAUUUGGAGAUAUUGAUGAUAAUCAUGUGGGUAUUAAUAUUAAUAGCAUGAUUUCAGUUAAUUCUACUCCAGCAGGUUAUUAUGUUGAUGGGAAUUCAACAGCUCAGUAUCUUAAUAUGAAAAGUGGGGAAACAAUCUUAUGUUGGAUUGAUUAUGAUUCAAAUAAACAUCAGUUAAAUGUUAGUCUUUCUCUCUCUGAUAAAAAACCAAGUAGGAGUUUAUUGUCUUAUGAUGUUGAUCUUUCUCCUUAUGUGAAUGAGUUUAUGUAUGUUGGGUUUUCUGGUUCAACUGGGUUGCUUGCAAGUUCACAUUAUAUAAUGGGUUGGAGUUUUAAGAUGAAUGGUGUAGCAAAACCUCUUGAUUUGUCCUCACUUCCUAAACUUCCAAGAGAUAAAAAGACUAAUUUUGGGUUGAUUUUUGGGGUUUCAAUUGGAUCUGUUUUUGCAUUUUUUAUAGUUUUGGGAAUAGCUGCUUACAUUCUAUGGUUGUAUAAGAAUAGGGAUGUGAUUGAGUCAUGGGAACUUGAUGUUGGUCCACAUAGGUUCCCUUACCAAGAGCUUAAGAAAGCUACAAAGGGUUUUAAGGACAAACAAUUGUUAGGGUUUGGUGGAUUUGGAAGGGUUUAUAAAGGUACUCUUUCAAAUUCUAAUACUGAGGUUGCUGUUAAGAGAGUAUCUCAUGAAUCAAGGCAGGGGUUGCAGGAAUUUGUGGCUGAGAUUGCCACUAUUGGCAAGCUACGACACCGGAAUUUGGUCCAAUUACUUGGGUGGUGCAGGCGUAAGGGAGAUUUGAUCCUUGUGUAUGAUUAUAUGCCAAAUGGUAGUUUAGAUAAGUACUUGUUUAAUGAGCCUGUAAUGGUGUUAAGAUGGGAUCAAAGAUUCAAUAUCAUUAAAGGGGUUGCUUCUGGUUUGCUGUAUUUACAUGAAGAGUGGGAGCAAACUGUGAUACAUAGAGAUGUUAAGGCAGGAAAUGUGUUACUAGAUGCUGACUUUAAUGGUAAGUUAGGUGAUUUUGGAUUGGCCAAGCUUUAUGAGCACGGCACUGACCCGGGAACUACCCGGGUAGUGGGAACUCUGGGGUAUUUGGCACCUGAGCUAACACGAACAGGAAAGCCUACAACGAGCUCUGAUGUGUUCGGCUUUGGUGCAUUGUUGUUGGAGUUGGCUUGUGGGAGGAGGCCUAUUGAGCCAAAGGCAUCACCUGAGGAAUUGUUCUUGGUUGAUUGGGUUUGGGAUAGAUGGAAAGAGGGUGCUAUACUUGAUGUAAUGGACCCUAAGUUGAACGGUGAUUACAAUGAGAUUGAGGCGGCAAUAGUUCUAAAAUUGGGCAUCAUGUGCUCUGCUGAGACGGCUGAUUCCCGACCAUCGAUGAGGCAGGUGUCGAGGUUUUUGGAAGGGGAAGCUGCAUUGCCAGAGGAGAUGCUAGUUCCUGGUGGAUAUAGUGGUAAGAGGAACAGCCAGAGCAGCCGAAAGAAAGGGGGAGAUGAAGGUAGAUAGCUAGCCUGUGAAAAGAGAGUAUCGUCUAACAUGAUUAAUCAGUUACCAAAGUCGUGUUUCGAUCCGUUAUUGCUGUUUAGGUGACUGGUUCUUAUUUUUGUAAUGUGAAGUUAUUGAUUUUUCCAUCCUAAUUUGCUCAAUUUAAAAUGUUUGAAGUAUAGUUUUGUAUCAGUAUGCAGAUAUGGAAGAUUAAUAUCAUUAGUUAUGUCAA